AUGUUCAAAUCCCUCCUCUUGGCGGCGGGCCUCGCCUCCCUGGCAUCAGCCAAGCAGGCAUGCGACUUCAACAUCACCGCCGACGAGGCCAGCACGCACGCCUGCGGCGCCGCGUGCCAGGCGACGUACAAGAAGAUGCAGGCCGGCGACCUCGCGCACUUCCGGACCGAGUUCGACUUUGGCUUCUACGAGACGGCGGCCAACUUUUCCGGGUCCAGGGCCGGCGACCUGCUCAAGCUGGAGCCCGUCAACGCGACCAGACUCGAUGUGAAGCCGGGGACGACCGUGUAUAGGAUCCAGUACACGUCUGUGGAUUAUGACGGCGAGUUGGUGCCCGCCACUGGAUACGUUGCGUUUCCUUACUCGGCGCCGGGGCAGGACGCUGCUAGAAAUGGCGCUGGUAAUGGCACUGGCAAUGGAAAUACAAACAGCACGACGGGUCGCUACCGGUUUGCCGCCUGGGCGCACGGCACGAGCGGCAUCUACCACGGCUGCGCGCCGUCCAACGGCCCAACACUCUACGACCCGUCCGCCUGGCAGGCCCUCAUCGACCAGGGCUACGCCGUCGUAGGCACCGACUACGCCGGCAUCGGCAACAACCACACAACACACAAGUUCCUCAGCUUCAACGCGCAGGCCACAGACGUGUACUACUCGACCAUCGCCGCGCGCAAGGCCUUCCCCGGCGUGCUGUCGAAAGAAUGGUUCAGCGUCGGGCACUCGCAGGGCGGCGGCACGGUGUGGAAGCUCGCGGAGAGCGACUUCGUGCAGGGCCAGGACAGCGGGUACGUCGGGACGGUGGCCAUCGCGCCGGCGACGUACGUCGUCGACAUGAUGCUCGGCGGGUACGACAGCGUGCCCGAGCCGGCGUUUGUGCCGCUGAUUCCCGAGAUGGUGCGCCGCGUCACGCCUGGGUAUAACGGCACUAUCCUGACGGACCAGAUGGACAGCCGCAUGAAGCUUGCCGAGGAGGCGCAGAUGUGCGUCGGCGGCUCGCUGGGCUUGUCGGUGGAUCUGGGCAAGGAGCAGAUUCUGUCGCGCGAGCGGCUGGACAGAGACUGGCCCGUGUAUCUGGAGUGGCAGGCCAGGACGGCCCCCGCGCUGGGCGCCGGGUCGUCGUCGCCGAUCCUCGUCAUCCAGGGUGCCAACGACAGUACUGUGCUGCCGCCGACGACCAGGGAGGCCGUGGAGCGGGCGUGCAAGGCCGGCAACGAGGUGCAUUAUAGCGAGUACCCCGGGAUGGAGCACACGCCUGUCGUGGCGGCCUCGCUGUCCGAGUGGGUGCCGUGGAUCAACGCCCGCUUCGACGAGGUUCAGGGGCUGAGGGCGGUGUCGGGGAAGGGGAAGUGCACCAAGAGGGUGCGGAAGGCGUUUGACCUUGCCAACGCAAAGACGCCGAGCGAGCUGUAG